AUGCCUGAGUUACAUCCUUCUCCUGCAUCCACUUCUGACAAUCAGAAUUCCCUCAAUGAGUACCAGCCCCUCACUCUCACUCCUGCAGACAUUUCAACUACUAUGUCGAUGUCUGCAUCGCGCAUCCGUGCAUCCAUCUCCCAAUAUCAGACUUUUGUCAUGCCCAUCCUCCAGUACUCAGCUACCAGGAACAUCAUCUCGGUCGUUCCCAGCCCUAUUGCUCAUAUUCUUUAUUUGAUUCCCGGUCACACCUGGAACAUGGUUCCAGAUCACAUCUUUUCCUAUCACAUCUGUUUGUUUCAUGAUGUCGCAGAUCCCGGAGAUCCAUCCUGGAUCAUAUCCAGCUAUGAUACCCCAUGGUGGAUGGGAGAAACUGCAAUUCCGAACGAACCAUGGCAAUGGGAUCGGGUGAUGACUUGCUGUAUCUUUCACUACCAGCAUUGGCUAGAUGGCAUUGAGAAUGAUGGUCUGACAAUUCCGGAGCAGGUGGAUCAUACCUCAGUUCCAUCACUGAUGGGACUGAGGUGGAUUAGAGAACACCUCCUGACAUUACUUGAAGAGCAACGUGAGGGCAUCCGUGACAAGAUGGCAGAGAUACAAAUCUACACUGCCAUGCUGGACAGAUUGAAGAGAGGCAGAGGAGAGUAG